AUGACUAGCUUCGGAGCCAAACGCCGCAGCGGGCGUGACAGCCAAAAAUACCAGGAUAUCUGUAGUUCGUCAGAGACCCGCAUGCAUGAACCGGCCGGCCCUAUUCAACAUAGAAUGCUGCCGCCUGGCGCCUCUGCCGACUGCCGGAUCCUCCGAAGGUCAUUGGCGUACCACCGUAGCAGGUUAUCCUCAGCAAUAUUGUGCUUGUUAGCGUUGUUGCCUUGCGGAAUCCCUCAGGAGCAUAACGAGCCCCUCAAUGAUGCUGGAGUUGAGCUUGCCAUCCCACCAGCUGCAGCUGUGACGCCUGCCACUCCAGCUCAGCCACCCCUCCUCUCCCAUGCAGCUAGUGCUGAAAAAGAAGAUGAUCGCAUGGCCGUUCCUACAGCGCCUCCUUCUACAGAGGAUAGCGAGGGCCAAACGAGUGCUCCACCCUCCGUCGAAGCUGCCGAUAAGACUUUGACUUCAAAUUCAGUUUCUUCUCAAUCCUCUGAUUCUCCCCCAGCGGCUUCUGCCCCAGCGCCGGCCCCACCUGAUGCGCGCCACUACGAAUCCGCCCCACUCUUCUCCCCCAUGACCGUUACGAUUGUUAUUGGGGCCGGUGAAACGGUGAGGGACUGCACCGAGGAACUCCCAUCCCAGAGCUUCCUGAUGGGCGUCGCCCGACGUUUCCAGCAGCUCCAGCUAUUGCCUCUCCUUGUCGCUUUUGGCCAACAAAGCUUGCGGGUGGUGACGAACAACACACGAUUUGGUAACCAGAUGCUGCCUUCUAGUCCUAGGCUGCUACAGCCCGACUCCCUUCUGCUCUUCCGAGAAGCUUCACCGAGGGAGAGGCAUCAGCAGACAAUGCUCGUAGAAGUAGCAUCACGAACACCCAUGCUGCCGCAAUUUGUCUGGGAAAAUGGCUCCGGAUUGAGGACACGCAAUGCAGCAAUGCAAGCUAAUUUCACCCUAUGGCCUAAAAACGGCACUGGAAUCCAAGAAAACAUCCACCGCUCACUUUUGGGCCAGACCGCAUCCCAGUUGUUUUCUCAAUCCCGGUUAAUGCGUGGCGCAGGCUCGCAACGUCAGCCGGUAUUCGUGCCACGACGCGUCCAGCAAAGCGUCAUAGAGGGGCUUCAGCAUCAGGUCCACUCCAACGAGCUGCAGUGGACUGCGCCACAGCUGCAGGGCUCAUUUUUGGGAAAUGUACUGCAGGCCCUCGAAGGGGCUCCCAUUCGAGUAAACCUGGGAGACAUGGCGUGCGCAGCACUUCCUACGUCUGCUCUUAAUCGAAAGCUUUCCUGCUGGCUCCUGGGAGCGUUCACUGAGCGCAUUCUUUGCCGCACAGCCUGGUUUGACCCGUGCCAGGCCAUAAGUGAUGAAACAGCACACGGAAAACCGCCUUUGUCUCCCGUAGUGUUGCCGCCAGGGGGUACUGAGACACUUGCGUUGCCUCUCAAGAACCUCCUACAUCCAAGACGAGGCAUCCCUAAGAAAACCCCCAAAGAUGUCAUUAGCUUGGAGGGACCCACCUACCAGCUACUGUGGCAAGCACUUACUCGACUAGAUGACAUAUGGGCCCUCGCCUACUGCGGCCGAGACUUGAAGCCUCAGAACCCUGCAGGCACAAAUAAUACUAUGCAGUCACGCACCAAUAAAGACAGAAGACGCUUGCAAGGAGAAGCUCAAGAGCAGCAAAAACAAGGUGAUAAGAACGAAGACAACGAAGGGAAAAGUAAUCAGGAAACAGAGAACAAGCAAGAGCAAUCACCGCAAGUCCCCCAACUUUUUGAAAGCGCAUCUCUUCCCGGCAUUAGAGGGACUCCAGCGCUGUCGCUGUGGAGUUUAGGACCGACAACCAAGCCAACCACACGCGUUGCAUUGCCUUCUGGGGAGUCAGAAUCCACAAAACAGCCAGAAGGAGAACCAACAAGACUGUUUACAUCUCCCCUCUGGACUUUACAAAAUCUGACUCCUGAACCGUCUACAGAAGGGAAAGGAGGUCAAGGGUCUGAUGUGCCACCGGCAAACCCUUUAGCACCUGUAUCGACGCCUGUAGGGAGCGAAAAAAAUUCAUCCCGGGCCCGUAGCUCAACCCGUGAGCUACCUGAGGGAGUGCCGCACCUGCAGGGUCAGGACCUGCUACCUGGCUGGAGGACGGAGCUAAUAUUGAAGGCUCUUUCCCCAGGCGUGGGGAACAGGACGAAUGUCUUAGCAGUGGCUGGGCGGAGAGGAACGGAGGUGCUUAUUGCAUUUCGAGGUACAAAAACGCAAGUUGAGUGGAUUUUGAAUGGCCAGGCGGAACAUGCUUUUAAUUGGUUGGGGGAUGGAGAGGGUAGGACAGCUGCCGGUUUUUCUCACAUAUUCAGCGCCGCCUGGCCAGCACUGCAGGUGUACCUUGCGUCCGUAGACAAGCCUGAGGCGCCUCUGAGUCGGAUCUUGGUAACCGGUUACUCUCUAGGUGGAGCAGUGGCAGCUCUCAUGGCAUACGGCAUUGCUUUGAACUACCCGACUAAAGUAGACGCAGUUAUCUUCGGGGCUCCGCGCACUGGAGACUCUGCGUUCAUGGCUGCUUGGGCGAAGAGAGUGAACGGGCGAAAUGUUGCGUUCACUUACGACCCAAUACCUCGAACGCCCUGCACGGAAAUGCCUGCCUGCGACAAGCCAGGCAGCAGGGGCCCGCUUACCCUUCCAAAGAACUUUCUUCGGUUUGCAAAUCACUCCCCCAGGAUGAAUGGCGCAAGUGGCAGGGCAGAAAUCCCAGCCAUAACUAACGGAUAUGGCGAUUUCUACGGUCUCGUUUCUUUUGGACCUGAUGAACUUGGGGGAUCGUCACGCAGCAGAGUUAGUCCCAUGUACGUCAGCUAUAAUCAUAUUUGCGCUUACCCGUGUUGGCUUGCCACAAAAUUCAAUCCAGGAGAACGUCGUACAUUGUGCGAAAUGCCGGAAUUUUCCAACCAGUGGAACCCAGCGCUCUCCCCUGACACAUGCCCUGCCCUUCUUUCUUAA